UUUUUUGUCUUAAAACCUUCCUUGAAAACCUUCGGUCUUCGCCCUUUUCAUACAACCGUCACCUUCGACCCUGGAUCCAGCGAUGGCCCCAAAGAAAGACAAGGCUCCGCCCACCUCGUUUCUUGGCUCGAUGAAGAUGACUCACGCGAUGUUGAAGGAUCUGGAGAAUCGAGGCAUGAUCACUGCAGGACUCGGGCGAGUCCCGCCAAAGGCUGAUGUCUACGCGAAGCCUGAAAACGACGAGACGAAGACCUGCGGUGUGACGCCAUCAGUGGAGAAUUUUGCCCAGGUCAGCUGCGUGCAUUACCAGCAGAAGACCAUUGCAAUCCGUGGUUCCGACGGCUCAUCGACCAAGGCGAAGCCCCAAUAUGGCUGCUACACAUUCGCGUUCCAUCCGAAUGCGCCCAGCCUCGUUGCCACCUCCAAGAACAAAUGGUCAGGGGACUGGGCUUCGUACUGGUUUUACCACAAGGUCUCACUAGACCCAGUGAUGAAGCGCCACCCCCUCAUGGUUAAGAAGAUCGGUAAUUUGGGUGAGUCGCCCAAAGUCGAGGUGGAGUGCAGCCCCGAGAAUGAGAGGUAGCUCUCGGUCCUCCGUGAAGUGUCGAAGAUUUUCGGCGUUCGUGACUUUACUAAGGAAUUCGCAGCCUGCAGCUGCAUCCCGGUGAAGGAAGGGUGGGCCAUCCCUUCAUGGGUUCCGGAGGAGAGGCGUGCCUUCGGCCUCUUCACUCCAGAUUUCGGCGAAGCCUUUAGCUUGGAAAAGAAUGUAAGUAUAGAGAGAAAUUUUCCCCUUUUUUGUCUGGCUUCUCUUCGCAUUGCAGUUAUUGAUGCUAAGGAAGUGGAGGUAAGGGCUGUCAAAAUUCUGGGCUCCAUCUCCGGCAAUGAGUAUGACUUGCUGUUGUCGAAGCUUGGGGGAACCCGAAAGAACCUGGCGUUCUACUUCUUUGGCAUUGAAGCUCCCCUCAGCGGACGGCCGAAAGCUUGCUCGCUGUGCAGAGGGCUGCGAGAUGACCCAGUGGCGGCGGCACCACCGUCCUUUUGGAGAAGUGGAAGAUGCGGAGGGGCGGUGUUGGUCCCAGCGGAGCGAAAUGCGCAAAGCUGCUGAACAUUCUCAGCACAUCGCCUCUUCAAAGCAAGGGGGACUCCAAAGAUGAUGGAAAUGGGGGUAGCCCCCUGCCAUUGUUCAGCCGGUUGCGGCGAUCGCCCCUGGUGCGAAGUGUCGUCCACUCUUGGAGUACAGCGAGCAGGAGACGGAGAGUGACUACGACAUGAUUCGAGAGGUUGAAUCUACUAUUGCGGUGAUAGAGCAGAAGACAACUGCCGCCAAAGCUUCGACCACGUCGUCGUCUUCAACCUCGACUUCUUUGUCGAGCAACAAAGACGUUGGCGACAAUCGUGGGCCGGGGGCCAAAAGUAAGGCUGUCGCCUCGGAGGUGGGCGUCACUGCUGAGGCCAAAGGUAAAGCCCCGAAGCCGCCGUAACCGAAGGCUGCGGAGCCGAGACCCCCCGUAUCCACUUCCACAGAGAGAAGUAGCUAUCAUGUCAGUAACUCGGACCCCAUCGAGAUUGCUGCUACUCUCGGGUUGUCAGAUGCGAAGUUGAUUGGGGGUAAUAUUGUCGGGAGUUUUUGCUUCUCGAGUAGUGACCGGGAGAGGAGAUUUCUUGCCGAAGCGGGGAGCUCCUUCAGCUUCCCCCUCAUGGAAAAGCGUAUGAUGGCCACUGGAGUUAGCCAAAUGCUCCAAGACAUCGAAGACCUCUUUCUGAAGGCCUUCGUCGCGUCCCGCUGUGCCUCGCGCCAACUGCAGAUCGAUAGCAGCUAGGCUGCGAAAUUGGCCGAGGUGGAGGAGUGUUUGGUGCUCUUGGAGACAGAAAAAGGGGACCUGCAAGAGGCCCUCGCAGCAUCUCGUGCUGAAGCCAUGAGAACUGCGGAAGAGUUGGAGAAUGCCCACAAGGAGACUCGGGCGGCAAUGAAGGCCAAGGCGAAAGCCGAAGAGGCGCAAAAUCAUGCCGAGGACCGUUGCACCUAUGGGAAGGAGAUAAUUCAAUGAUGGUGCGAUGCUAUCAGCUCCGGCUCCGAUGUGGUGCAAGCUGACCUGCAGGGGUUGCUGGAGAAAUUUGGUCUUGUGCCCCUGGAGCUCUUUCAAGGGGAGAAUGUUGAAGUGGCGGAGCUGUUUCGCUGGAUCCGCGCUUGUGUGGUGAUGGCGGACUCUAUCUCUAAUUUCCUAUGUGAGCUGAGUGCGACCGUCGCAGCUCGGACAUUGAGCGCGGCGAUCUGCAGCUUGAUGCCAUCUGAAGUGAGCUCUUCGGGUCGGGUCACGAAGCCCUAGCAUCGCAGUCUCCAUGAGCCAUCUUUUGUCUGGCCUUCGCUGGAAUCCUUGGUCCCGGAAACGCUCCCUGUGCUGCUGAAGAACAUUGUGAAGAACUUCGCUGCAUAUUUCCACGAAAAAGGCCGCGGGUUGGUUAAUUUGGAGGUCGUGCACAUGAAAGACUAGGUAAUGCAUUCCCGCUUUGGUUCGUGGUGAGGUUCUUUGGUGUCUGGACCGCUUUUUAAUGGUCUGCUCUUUACAGUUGCAAGCCAAAGCAGAGGCCUUUGCUCGUGAUGUUCUUGGCAAGGCUGAUUUUGGCAACUUAUGCGGUGACUAUGAUGGCACGCGGGGCUAAGGUGGGGGCGGAGGACCCUGCGUUGGCCCCUGCGCAGAUCACCGAAGGUAUCGUUCCUUUGCAUAUGAACAGUGACAAUUUCCAUGUUUCUGUUGUGUCCUAGGCGGAGCUUCGUGUCCUUCGAUUGCAAGGCUCAACUUUGAUGCGUUUCUUCGACAAAAUGCAGAAGAGAUUAUAGAUCGCGCAGUCCGCGAGCUCGUAGACGAGGCGGACUGCAUUGUUUUCGAGGUAGAGGCCUCGGAUGUAACAAUUUGACUCGCAGUGUACUCUGUAAUUGCUAAUGUACAAUUGGUGAAUAUGUAUUGUAGCGAAGGUGAUUUAUCCUUGUA